AUGUCUGCUGAACGUUCACAGAGUUUAACUACUGCUAGGAAGGUAGCACCUCAACGACGCAUUGUGAUAUCUGAACAGUAUAGCUCGUUACCUAGUCCUACCGGUGGCAGUGUUUAUUCUGUAAUUUCUUCAACUGGCCCUUCCACUAUAGUAUCACCAACUGAAUCUUCUAGAAAAAUAGCUGACGAUACGACAACUAAUGGUAACGUAAUCAUCAAGAAUUCAUCUGAACUCAGGCAGAUAAUGCUGAAUGCCACAGCCAAUAGUAUUUCAAACAAAUUAUCAAAUAAUGAAACCAAAUCAAAGUUUUGUAAUAAAACAGUAUUAUACUGCAAGUCUAACUCACAACAGUUAGGUUCCACGCUCCAAAAAUCACCACCAUCGCCAUUUCUAUUCAAAAGAGUACUGUCAGAUACUGUACAUCUUACUAACACACCAAAUGUUGAAACUCCCAGAGGGACUAUUUAUCUCAAUAUUUACAACCUGCGAAAUGUAUCCAAUAUGUUUAAUACAAUAGCAGGAAUUGUGGGAGCGGGGGCAUAUCAUGCUGGAGUUGAGAUAUAUGGUUAUGAAUAUUCAUAUGGCUAUACCAAAGGCAAUGGGACUGGAGUGAUGAAAAGUUUCCCUAGAUACCAUCCCUCGCACGAUUAUCGCAAGACCAUUUCAAUGGGCCCUUCACCAUACUCAUUGGCCGAGGUCCAUGAGAUUGUUGAGGAUUUAAAGAAGAAAUGGCUCGGAAAGGAUUACGAUCUACUCAAGAAUAAUUGUCUAAAUUUUGCUAGGGCGCUAACACUUGCGUUGGGUGGAGGGGAGAUUCCUUCGUGGAUUAUGGGUCUGCAAAAUAAGGUCAAUUGGGCCAGGUCAAGUAUCCAGAAGGUAGAAGGAAUGAUGAGACUUAAUAGGGCAACGCCCCUAUUCAAACAGAAGUAA